AUGUAUGAAGCCAGCAAUGUCUAUUUUAUUUGCGGCUUUGCCGCCAUUGGCGGUGGUCUCUUCGGUUUCGACAUCAGCUCCAUGUCGGGCGUCCUCGGUACGCAAGCAUACAAACGCUACUUCAACAACCCAGUCUCGUAUGCCCAGGGCGGUAUCACGGCUUCGAUGCCGGCGGGCAGUCUAGUCGGCUCGUUGGCGUCGUCCUUCAUCGCCGACAAGUACUCGCUCAUUUGCGGGCUGUGCGUCGGUAUUGCAUCGUCGAUCGUGCCCGUCUACCAAUCCGAGAUUGCGCCCAAGGAGAUUCGAGGAAGAGUGGUCUCUCUGCAGCAAUGGGCCAUCACAUGGGGAAUUCUAAUCCAGUACUUUAUUCAAUUCGGUGCUGCCGAGGGCACUGGCGGUGGAUCGAAAGACCCCAACCAGCCGACUGCUGCCUUCCGCAUUCCGUGGGGUGUCCAAAUGGUUCCCGCCUUCAUCCUCUUGGUCGGCCUGUUCUUCUUCCCCUACAGCCCUCGCUGGCUUGCUUCCAAGGACCGCAUGGACGAAGCCCUCCGAGUGCUUGCGCGCCUCCACGGCAAAGGCGAUGUCAACCACCCCAAGGUUCUCGCUCAGUACCAGGAAAUCGAGGAGGCGUUACAGCUCGAGAGGGAGCAGGCGACUUCGUCCUUCCGCGACCUCGUUGCUCCAAGGAUGUACAAGCGUGUGCUCCUGGGCAUGAGCAUCCAGAUGUGGUCUCAACUAUGUGGAAUGAACAUCAUGAUGUACUACAUCGUCUACAUUAUGGAGGGCGCCCAAAUUGCCUCCCCGCUCGCCACCGCAUCCAUCCACAAGAUCCGCGCCAAGGCCGUGUCGCUGUCGACGGCGACCAACUGGUUCUGGAACAUGGUGCUGGCCUUUGGCGUCCCGCCCCUGCUGUGGAAUAUCUCGUACAAGAUGUACUACAUCUUUGGCGCGUUCAAUGCGGCCGCCUUUGUGCAUAUGACGCUGAUGGCGCCCGAGACGAAGGGGUUCACGCUCGAGGAGAUGGAUGAUGUGUUUAAUUCGGGUUUGCCGGCGUGGAAACGGUAUAAGAAGGCGAGCAGGUUGGAGGAGUUGGAGAGGGAGAUUGAGGCGGGUAAUUUGAAGGUUGCUGUUCCCGUGGGUGGUCAGACUACAGCUGCGAGUACUGCUCCGCAGGCGACUGAGUCUGAGAAGAAGGCGGAGCCGACGACCACGACGGCUUAG